CACCUACGGACCUGGGGCACUUGGGAAUCUUGCUUCAGACAAUGUCAGAUAAGGAGGCGGAUGAUGAUGUCGGGCUACCUAAAGCUACAGUGUUCAAAUUGAUUACUGAGAUGCUUCCGCCCGACAUGUCAUGUUCAAAGGAGGCCAAAGAGAUUAUUGUGGAAUGUUGUGUAGAAUGGGUCAAAUUGAUCUCAACUCAAGCGAACACUGUCUGUGAAGAGAGUACGAAGAAGACAAUCUCCCCGGAACACGUUACAGAGGCGCUCAAGCAAUUGGGAUUUGAGGGCUUCAUCGAGGAAGUGGAGGAGUCUAACAAGGCCUUCAAGCAGAGUCAAAAGGAACGUCAACGAUCUGCACCAGAUACCAACGGCAUGUCUCAGGAGGAGCUGUUGGCACUACAGGAGAGAUUAUUUGCAUCCUCGCAAGCCAGAUUCGAGGCAGGUCAAUGAAAUCGGGGAGAGCAAUCAUUGGCACACUGGCUGAAAGGGACAGAGGAAGCAAGACUUAUGUGUAUGGAACACUGUCACGGAUGCAACCGCAAAAAAACGGAGGAAUUACACACAAACACCUGUUGUAUAGAUACAAAAGC